AAUAGCACGACCAUACAUACAUAGCUCGCAACCAGCCUUCUGCGCAUACACCCUCUUUGAAUGCCCAAGGUAAUUGGCCACGGGGUCCAGAUUUUACUCCAUCCAAUAGGUACAGACAAGUUUCGGCCAGCUCCAGUCAAAGGAAACGCAGCCUGAUUCAGUUGCGCAUGUCUAUGCCAACGCUCCAUUCACCCCAAGUAGCAUCGCCGGUCGAUGCAGCGUUGGACGUCUGAAUUCUGAUGCGAUCGCUACUGCGCCUUCCUUCGUGAACGGUGCGUCUCCGUCGCCUUCCUCGUAUCGCACAGCUCUCUUUGCAUGGAGGAAACAAAUCGAUGUUCGGGUCCGAAGAUGAGAUUGAUGCGGGACUCAAGAAUCAUAGCGUUCGGCUGCAUUCAACCGUGACAUCGGGCGAGCCUCAAUCUCCACGUCUUUCAAGCCUGACCAGGUCUCGCGUACAGCAUGAAGCCCAUGGGCGUGUGGGCACCACGACGAAAGAUGCAGAAUCAGGAACUAAUGCGAAGCUUGCGCCCAAGCGCGUCACUAGAGAAUUGCAAAGGUUGAGCUCGUCCAAGUUUGGCGUGCUUAUGGCAGCCAAGACAGGGUUGAGCUCUUCUUUCACCACCUUGCGAUCGGGGAGACAGCGGGACAUCGCCACGCAACCAAAGACAAGCCAAACCGCCCUUGCAUCACCGAGCAAGGGGAACAAGAGAGGAAGAAAUGCGAUUGACGCUGUAAGCGGAAGGUGCAUUCAACGUACUAUGCAGCGAGCGCAAGCGCUCGAUCUAGCAUCUACCCCGCCCACUCUCGCCGGGAACCAAGAGCUCGUCAAGGAUGCAUCCGCGGCAACCUGCAACGAAUUCGUCCAAGUUGUUUCUGACGCGCCAGGUUCCCAAGGUGUCCCAAAGGCGUAUAUGUUCUCAGAUGAUGAGUCUGGAGAAGAGCGAUAGCAUUGGCCCCAAUCCAUGUCUUGUGCCACAAAAAUCGCGGGCACGGUGCUUGCAAGCACAAUGCCCCGCACAACAAGCUUCUACCGCAGCAUCCACUCAUCUCUACGACACUGCGUUUCCUUGCGCAUUGUACUUUGACCUUGCCAGCUCCCUGCCUUGUCAAAGUUCGCACGAGAUGUGGCCCGCUCGGCCACAGCGUGCUUGCGUCUCAUCUAUAAGUGUUCAGUUGCGAUGCUGCAUCGUUUGUUUUGGUUGUAACUUGUAAACCAUGUAUUUGCUAUUGAGAGCCUAGCAAUAAUGACCCAC